AAGAAAUAUGGGAGAUUGACCAUAUGCAGUGGCACCCAGAAAACCAAAACAGGAGUAAAACUUUGGAAAGAUGUCAGCAAAGUUAUGCACUUGGAAAUAAUUUCGAUUUAUGCAAAAGUCUUGUUCCUUUAAUACAAAGACACAAUAAGUUUGGCUCAUGUUAUAAAAGUUUGAAAUCACACUUAGGUUUUGUUACCCAGAAUAGAAGAUAUGCAGGAGAGAAUUCUGAUAAGUUUGGUAGAUGUGGGAAAUCAUCAGUCUCCAUCCAGCAGGAUACAACCAUUACUAGAAUUAAAUGCCAUGGAUGCAUUAAACCCAGUAGCUCUAAAUCAAAGCUCAAUGAACAUCAAAAAACUUAUACAGAAGAGAAACCACAUGAAUGCAGUGAGUGCGGAAAAGGCUUCUCCAAGAAGGCACAGCUCAUUAGGCAUCAGAGAACUGAAAGAGGAGAGAAGCCUCACAGAUGCAGUGAAUGUGGGAAAACAUUCAUGAGGAAGAUUCAGCUCACUGAACACCAGAGAACUCACACUGGAGAGAAACCCCAUGAAUGUAAUGAAUGUGGAAAAGCCUUCUCCAGAAGGUCACAGCUUAUGGUACAUCAGAGAACUCAUACAGGAGAGAAACCCUAUGGAUGCAGUGAGUGUGGCAAAGCAUUCAGCCGAAAGUGCCGUCUCAAUAGACAUCAGCGAUCUCACACUGGGGAGAAACUCUAUGGAUGUAGCGUGUGUGGGAAAGCCUUUUCCCAGAAGGCAUACCUCAUUGCACAUCAGAGACUUCACACAGGAGAGAAGCCUUAUGAAUGCAGUGAAUGUGGAAGAACUUUCUUUUUUAAGUCAGAUCUGACCAAGCAUCAGAGAAUUCAUACGGGAGAGAAACCUUAUGAAUGCAGUGAGUGCAAAAAAGCUUUCAGGAGCAAGUCAAAGCUCAUUCAGCAUCAGCAGACUCAUACUGGAGAGAGACCAUAUGUGUGCAGUGAAUGUGGCAAAGCCUUUGCCCACAUGUCAGUCCUCAUUAAACACAAGAAAACUCAUACAAGAGAGAAAGCUAUAAAUUCACUGAAGGUGGAGAAACCUUCCUCAGGGAGUCACAGCUCUUUAUACAUCAGUGAACUUGCACAGGAACAAAACCAGAUGAACACAGUGCCUGUGGAAAUACCUUCCUUGGGAACUCAGCCCUUGUUAAACCUCCAUGAGUUCCUUGGGGAUAGAAAUGUAAUGUUUGUGGAACAGCCUUUUCAAAGAAAUCAGGCCUCAGUAGAUAGUCAGGAAUUUGCACAGGGAAUAAGUCUUGCAAAUGCAGUGAAUGUGACACCUUCUGUAAUAAAUUAUGUCUUUUAUGUUACAGAUAUUGUGUAGGAAAGAAAAUCUCUGAUACCAUAACUUAUCUGAUAAUAGAAAAGCCUUUAGCAAGAAUAUUCCACACAUUAUAUGUCAGAGCUCAUUUUGGAUAGACAAUGGCUGUACUGAUGGUAGAGGAUAAGUCUGUGAGAAUUCAGACUUAUUAAAUAUCUACGAAAUCCCACUGGGCAGAAAUGCAGCUAUUGUAGGGAAGCCUUUUCCUGGAGGUAAUAACUCCAUUGGCAUCAAAGAAUUCCUACAGGACCAGAAUAUUAGGAAAGAAUGUGAUAAUGUUUUCAAUGAUAAGUUCUACCUCAUCACAUCACAGAAGUGUAGAAAGACACCUCUAGAGACACCGAAUAUGGACAACAUUUUUAGUAAAAUGUGGAAGAACUUAUAGGAAGGAGAAAACCCCUGAACACAAUAAAAGAUGGAAAUUCUAAGUUGGGAAUUCUAUUGCCAAACUAAUAUGUCACAAUUUUAUACCUUGGGAAUCUGGGACUUUUCUAAUAAAUGAAAUCUUGGGACUAGGAAUUGCAUCCUGUAGCAAAAAUGUAUGAAUAUGAUGAAUGUGAUAAGAGGCUGCUGUAACAACCAUAAAUUUGGUGGUUUAAAACAACUCACAUGUAUUACAGCUCUGGGGGUCUGAAGUCUGGACUAAAUACAUCCCACUGGGCUAAAUACAAGGCAUCCCACUGGACUAAAUACAAGGUGUUGGCAGGGCUAUAUUUAAUUUUGGACGCUCUAGGAGAACCCGUUUUUCUUUGCCCUUCCAUCUGCUAGAAGCUGCCUAAAUUUGUGGCUUGCAGACCCCUUCCACCUUCAAAGUCAGCAAUAGCUGAUCAGUUCUUCCAUCACUCUGGCACUGAUGUCUACCUCUUUCUUACAUUUACAGACCUGUAUGACUACAUUGGGCCCACCCAGAUAAUCAGGAUAACCUUCUUAUCUUAAAAUCACUCUGCCUACUACCUUAAUUCCCCCUUGCCUUAUACUGUGACAUAUUCACAGGUCCUGGAGAUUAGGGUGUGGACAUUUUUUUGGGGGGGGGGGUAUUAUCUGCCAACUGCAGAUCAUUCUCUGGCAUCCAAUUAUUUGUGUCCAUACCACAUGCAAAAUAUAUUCACUCUCUCCUAGCAUCUCAAUCCCAUCCAAGUCCAAAAUCUCAUCUAAAUCUAAGAGCUCAGGGACACCUGGGUGGCUCAGCAGUUGAGCGCCUCCCUUCGGCCCAGGGCGUGAUCCUGGAGUCCCGGGAUUGAGUCCCACAUGGGGCUCCUGUGUGGAGCCUGCUUCUUUCUCUGCCUGUGUGUCUCUGCCCCUCUCUCUGUGUCUCUCAUGAAUAAAUAAAAUCUUUUUUAAAAAUAUAAAAAAUCUAAGAGCUCAAAAGCUCUAAAUCAAGCAUUGGGUGAGGCUCUGCAUAUAAUUUGUCCUGAGGCACAAUUCCUCUGUGAGCAUGUGAAACUCUAGAAACAAGUCAGGUGGCCCUAGAAUACCUAAUUGCAUCUUUUACUUUAAAUGACCUUUGCAGUGUAGUGGAACAUAGUUAUAGGUUCUGGGGAUUAGGACAUGAACAUCUUUGGGAGACCAUUCUAUCUACUACAAAAACAUUAGAUUUCAGAGAAUUCAUACUAUAGUAAAUUCCUACCUAGCCAUUAAAUUUAUGGAAGUGUGCACAAGGAGUAACCUUUUUUCUACAAUCAGGGAAUCUUAACACUUGUGUCAUUAUAUGUGACCAGCAAGGAAUACUUUUGAAAUAUGUAAAUCAAAUGAUCAGCACUGUAAAAUAACUUAUAAAUGCCCUAAAGGAACAUGAGAUUUAUGUGCUGUAAAUGCUGCCAAAUGUAUUUGUAUCUAUUCUGAAAUUGUAUAAAUUAACAUCCUAUUCUGAGUAUAGAA